CCACUGAGUGGUCCUUUUCUUCCUGCUGCCCCAGUAAAAACAACCAUGCCGACUGGUGCACAGCCACAAGUCCAAGCCCAUCCCCAAGGUCAAAAGAGACGCUUCACUGAGGAGCUACCAGAUGAGAGAGAGUCAGGACUGCUGGGAUAUCAGCAUGGACCCAUUCAUAUGACUAAUUUAGGUACAGGCUUCUCCAGUCAGAGUGAAAUCGAUGGAGCCGGAUCGAAGCCAGCAAGUUCCUCAGGAAAGGAGAGAGAGAGGGACAGGCAGUUGAUGCCUCCGCCAGCUUUUCCUGUGACUGGGAUGAAAUCGGAAUCUGAAGAAAGAAAUGGUGCGGGGUCUUUGCCAGGCAACCAUGAUCAUCAAGCUAAGAAGAUGAAAACUGCCGAAAAGGGAUUUGGAUUAGUGGCAUAUGCUGGAGAUUCAUCAGAUGAAGAGGAGGAACACGGUGGCCAUAAAAACGCAAGUACUUUUUCACAGGGAUGGAGUUUGGGAUACCAGUACCCUUCCUCACAACAGCGAGCUAAACAACAGAUGCCAUUUUGGAUGGCACCAUAAAAGCUGCAGAA